AUGUAUAUUGUGUAACCUCUGUGAAACUGAAACAAUUGAACAUUUUAUAUUAAGAUGCCCUAUGUAUGAACCAUAUAGGCAUAACAUAUUUGAAGCCCUUGGCUGUCGUGGUGACAGUAUGGGUGUUAUUAUGAAGAAAGUUUUAGGUCUCUCAGAUGUUUCAUGUGAGACGUUAAUAAUUGUAUCAUCAUGUGUACACAAAAUGUACAAUCACAGAGCCAACCUGUUGGCUCUGCUUGACACAUAAUUUCUCUAUCACUUUAUUUUUAUGUUUUCCAAAACAACAACUUUUUUAUCACAUAAUUUAAUCUUAUCCUUGUAUUUUAUAUUUUAUAUGUAAACCAUAUGUAUACUAAAAUGUAUUCUCUCAUAUAAAUGAGGCAAUAAAUAUACAAUACAAUGAGGGAUGACAAUAAACAUGUCUUAUUGACACUGCUACAAAAUAUAAAAAGAUUGGCGAUGUCACUUAAACUAGCUCUAAUGAUAUCUUUCUGCCAUACUUUAGACAACCAGGAUUCUUUCAUAGCUGACAGGCAAAAUCUGAAUUCUCAACAGCUUAGUCAACAGUGGGGAGAACAACUAUCAAAAUUCAUACAAAACAGCUGUGCAUCAAAUGCGUCAUUCCAGCUUUAUGUAGAUAUGAUACAACACUGUGAAGAAGUUGUUGCCCUAGCAGUUGCUGAACGGCUUGGUGGAAUACAGGGUUAUGAUUUGCUCUUGGCAGUUGUCAAGUCAUCUUUACCAUUUUUAUCCCUCAAUGGAGCAGCCUCUUAUGCCUGAUUUUGUACAAAGUUGUUACAUGAACAUGCAUCUGCAGGACAUUUUCAUCAGGAAAUGAAAAAGUGUUUGUUUUCAACACCUAUAGGGAACAGCACUGAGAACUUUGCAUCUGACACAAAAAGAGAGCUAGACCACACAGAUGUUCAUAAAAGCUUUCGCUCAGGCUCCAACAUCAGCUCAGUACAUUAUAGAAUGUCCCUGGUUGACAGCUUUGAACAGUGUGCUCAUGAUUCAUAUAGUCAUACACUUGACCCUGCAUUUGAUGACACUGAUGCAAAGCAUAUAAUACCAACUGCAGCUUUGAUACUUAGACGUGGUCUUGAUCUUGUAGCCAGGGCAAAAAAGAGUGCAGGAACAACAAUCAGAAGAGUUGAACGCAGCAGAACAGAAAAAUUCAUAAAAAACGCCUCAUAA